UACAAAAUGGCGGCAGAUGGGCGGGCUCCGAGCUGUUUUGGGGAUGGAGCGUAACCAGCCCCUAGCAGCCGCCUAACCGGGUUAGCGGCUCAGCGAGCGCAGGAGGGGCUCUUCAGGGGAAGGGGGCUGUUAAAAGCCCCGUAGAAAGCGAGGGGGCGGGGCUGCGGCGCGUACCCAGGGAGGGAGAGCGAGGCGCGCGCUCCCGCGACCAUUGGCGGCCGCGCGACGCGCCCACCGGUUCGCGCGAGUGCGCGCACUGCCCGGCCAGUGUAUCUCGGGACUAGGGGGCGCGUGCCCGUGAGAGAGGCCGGGCGGUGGGCUGUGGCAGCGCGACCCCUGGGUGCCAUAGAGAGGAGGGUGUAGCGGCCUCCCGCGCUCCGGCCCCGUUCAGCGUGACGGGGUUUCACCUCCGUGCGUUGCGCCCGCUCUCGGGGGCGGGGAUAGAGCCGCUCCAUUGCAGGGGGGCGGCUUGCGUCUUUGCAUUGCUGGCUGUUGCGUUGCAUGCGGUUGCGGGGUGGGGGAUGAGACCCUCGCGCGCGCCGUAGCGAGGGUUGCGCGCGUGGGCCGCGUGCAGGCCGCUGGCGGGGCUAGAGUUGAACGAGUGUUUCGUCGGACUGCACGUCACGGGAUGGAGGCGGCGGAGGGAGCCUAGUGCACAGGUGCAUUGCUGCUCAUUGUAGGGAGGCAGGGAACCCCCAGCACACGGGGGUUGCAUUGCCGCAUUGCACGCCCUUAGCCGGCCUGCGAAGCCCUAGCACAAGGAGCAAAGGGUUGCAGCGGGUGCAUUGUUACAUGCAUCCGUCUCUGGAAGCUGCCCUGGUCAAAUAUAGCAUACCCGUGCGGCAGCAAGCCCAGCCCCUCUCCGCCCGGGCGCGCGCACAGGAGGCACGCUCCCCCCCCGGGCGAAGGGGGAGGGGAGGACGGCUGAGCGGUGCACGCGCUCCCGGCCGCGGCGGAGGGUAGCGGCGCUGCUGCUUGUGCGACCAGGGGAGGAAGAUGGCGGCCGGCGGCGGAGGCAGCAGCAAGGCCUCCUCGUCGUCCUCCUCCUCGGCGGGGGCCCUGGAGGCGUCGCUGGACAGGAAGUUCCAGUCGGUCACCAACACCAUGGAAUCCAUCCAGGGCCUGUCGUCCUGGUGCCUGGAGAACAAGAGGCACCACAACACUAUCGUGUAUCACUGGAUGAAGUGGCUGAGGAGAUCUGCUUUUCCUCAUCGAUUGAAUCUGUUUUAUCUGGCCAAUGAUGUCAUACAGAACUGUAAAAGGAAAAACGCAAUUGUAUUUCGGGAUACAUUUGCAGAAGUGCUUCCUGAAGCAGCUGCUUUGGUUAAGGAUCCAUCAGUCUCUAAAUCUAUCGAAAGAAUCUUUAAAAUUUGGGAAGACAGAAAUGUAUACCCUGAAGAAACCAUUGUGGCACUAAAAGAAGCUUUAAGUACCACUUUCAAAACUCAGAAGCAGCUGAAAGAAACUCUGAACAAACAACCGAAUAAGCAGUGGAAGAAAUCUCAAACAUCCACAAAUCCAAAAGUUGCUCUGAAGUCGAAGAUUGUUGCUGAAUUCAGACCACAAUCCCUUGUUGAUGAAUUGUUGUUAUAUAAGCGUUCAGAGGACCAGAUCGAACUGAAAGAGAAGCAGCUUUCCACCAUGAGGGUGGAUGUAUGCAGCACUGAAACACUUAAAUGCUUAAAAGACAAAACAGGAGGAAAAAAGUUCUCCAAGGAAUUUGAAGAAGCAAGUUCAAAGUUAGAAGAAUUUGUAAAUGGUUUAGACAAGCAGGUGAAAAAUGGCCCCUCACUAAUUGAAGUGCUUGAGAAUGCUGGUAUCUUUUAUGAAGCACAAUAUAAGGAAGUCAAAGUGGUAGCAAAUGCUUAUAAAACAUUUGCCAAUAGAGUGAGCAAUCUAAAGAAAAAAUUAGAUCAAUUGAAAGCAACUCUUCCUGAUCCAGAAGAGUCUCCUGUCCCUUCUCCAAGUAUGGAUGCUCCAUCUCCGACUGGUUCUGAGUCCCCUUUCCAGGGAAUGGGGGAAGAGGAUGACAUCCAGUCUCCAGCAGUGGAAAGCGAGAAGUCUGUAUCUCCUGAACCUGUGGCAGAUAAUCGGGAUGUGGAGGACAUGGAACUGUCUGAUGUGGAAGAUGACACAUCUAAAAUUAUUGUGGAGGAGAGAAAGGAGAAACAGGUUGUUCCGUCUUCAGCACCUGCAAAGACUGAAAGCGUCCCAAAAGCAACACCCUCCACAGUGGUUGCUGCUACACCAGCCGUAACAACUCCUGCUCUAACUCCUCCAACUCCCAAGACAGUGAGCACGGUGGCUGUCCCUCCAUCGCCGGCACUUGGUCUGCCAAACCUUGCCAACGUUGACCUAGCAAAGAUCAGCUCCAUUCUUAGCAGCUUAACUUCCGUUAUGAAGAACACAGGGGUCAGUCCUGCAUCAAGACCUUCCCCAGGAACCCCAACGAGCCCCACGACUCUUACUAGUGGCCUGAAGACUCCUAUUGUGGGGACUCCAUCUGGUCCUCCAAAUCCGUUAGCAAAUAUUCUUUCCAAAGUUGAAAUAACUCCUGAAAGCAUUUUGUCAGUUCUCUCCAAAACCCAGACCCAGACUGCACCAACAUUGCAAGGUUUAUCAUCCUUACUUCAAAGUGUUGCUGGAAAUACAGCCCAGUCGAGUGAAACGGCAUCUCAGAGCACUUCAGCAUCACCAGCCAAUACAACUGUUUCUUGCAUGAAAGGGAGGAAUGUUCCUUCCAAUACUCAGUCUUUUAUGUCCAAAAAUGUUGGUUAUUCUCCAAAUUCUUCUACUGCUGAGGUUUCUUCAACUUCAGUUAACAAGGCUCCCAUUGGACAUAGCCCAGGGCUUUCAAGUUCUAGUUUUAAACCACCAGCAAAUUCCCUUGGAUUUGCCAGUACCCAUCCUACUAGUCCUUCCCUUUUACCAACAGAAACCUCAUUGAGUCAGUCCUCUGAGAUUUCAAAAACAAAGCUGGAGUCAGAACCGACCUCUCCAAGCCUGGAAAUGAAGAUACACAAUUUUUUAAAGGGAAACCCUGGUUUCAGUGGUCUAAACUUGAAUAUUCCAAUUUUAAGCAGUUUAGGAUCCAACAUCACAUCAGAGAGCCAUUCAUCUGACUUUCAGCGUGGUCCUACUAGCACUUCUAUGGACAAUGUGGAUGGGACGCCAGUCCGUGAUGAACGAAGUGGAACGCCAACCCAAGAUGAGAUGAUGGAUAAACCAACAUCAAGCAAUGUUGACACUAUGUCUUUAUUAUCAAAGAUUAUAAGCCCUGGAUCGUCUACUCCCAGUAGCACAAGGUCCCCUCCUCAGAGCAGAGAUGAUGGAUAUCCCCAAGAACUGUCUAAUUCUGUGCCUGCCUAUAGGCCUUUCGGUCUCGGCAGGGAUUCUCCAGCCAGCAUGUACAAGCAGUCGUCUGAUAAUAUGGAAAUACCUUCUUCUUUAAUGGAUUCCCCUCAAGAGAAGUUUUACCCAGACACAUCUUUUCAAGAAGAUGAAGAUUAUCGUGACUUUGAAUAUUCUGGGCCACCACCAUCUGCCAUCAUGAACCUGGAGAAGAAGCCUUCAAAAUCCAUUUUGAAAGCCAGUAAGCUUGCCGAUGCUGCAGAGUACCAGCCAGUUCUCUCUAGUUACAGUCAAAGAGCGCAAGAGUUUAGUGUGAAGUCAUCUUUUGCUCAGUCUAUGAGGUCUAUUCUCGAUCAGAAUGAGAGCUGUGAUCCUCUGUCGUCAUCUUCUGGAAUGUAUGGAAGUUACAGCCUACGAGCAAAUGACUCUGGAUCCGAUGGUUCCCCUUCACCCAGUAAGAACGAUGUGUUUUUCACACCAGACUCCAAUCAUAAUAAUUUAUCAAAAUCUGUGAUACAUUCUGGCCUGUCACAGAAACAGUAUCCAGACUCUCCCCAUUCACUUCCUCACAGAUCCCUCUUCUCUCCUCAAAACACUCUUUCAAAUCCUGCUGGUAGACCACCCACAUCCAGUGUGGAGAAAUCGUUAGGUUCUUCCAUUUCUGCCACUUCAACAAUUGAGUUUAAGAACAUGCUUAAAAAUGCAUCUCGCAAGCCUUCCGAGGAAAAGCAUUUUAGCCAGGUUCCUAAAGGUAGCUCCCAUGAAGGGGUUAGCCUGUCUAGUGUCAGCCAAGCUGGAACUUCUACAGGAGAGCAGCAGCAGCAGCAAGAGGAGCACUAUCGUAUAGAAACUAGGGUGUCAUCAUCUUGUUUAGACUUGCCUGAUAGCACUGAAGAAAAAGGAGCCCCCAUAGAAACUCUGGGUUACCAUAAUGCAUCCAAUAGGGGAAUGUCAGGAGAACCAAUUCAGACAGUAGAAUCUGUAAGAGUUCUUGGGAAAGGAAAUAGAGGACGUGGGCGAGAGGCAACUAGAGUAGGCUGGUUUGAGCUAAGUAAUACAGGUAGUGCUUUUGAUAAUGGGCCCUCAAGUGCUACUGACCUGCCCACCAUGGGUACUGGCAGUGGAAUUGCCAGCUUUCAAACACAGUACAAAGAACAUGUGCCACAAUUUCAGGAGAGUGUAAACAGUUUCAGAACAAAUAAUUUCAGCACUGCCUUUGAGCGUCACAUACCACCUCCUUCCAUAGAGCAUGGAACUCCUUUUCAGAGGGAACAAGUUGGUGCACCUGCUGGGCCCCCAUCUGCUCCGCCCAAGGAUCAUGGAAGCCUGUUUCCUAGGGAUCACUCAGUUCCUUCACACAUGUCAUCAGUGGAUCACACUAAUCCUUUUUCAAAAGAAAAAUCCUCUCCACUCUCAUUGCCUCAUACUGCCCCUCCUCCUCCUUCUGUGGAACAUAGCGGGGUUCCAUUUCCUACUCCUCCCCCUCCACCUCACUCCGUGGAACAUGGUGGCGUUCCAUUCCCUACCCCGCCGCCACCUUCUGGGGAACACGGUGGCAUUCCAUUUCCUGCCCCUCCCCUGACCGUGGAACAUGGUGGUGUCACGUUUUCCAAGGAUCACGGUACUAUUCAUCAAGGAACUAUAAAAGAGCAUUUUACUGUGCAUUCAGGACCAAGGGACCACGUGGCCCCACCUCAGCGAGACCACAGUGGUCCACCCCUUGGUCGGGUUCGAGAAAACAUAGGCCUAACUUCCCUUUCGAGAGAUCAGCUUGGGCCAUCUCAUAGCGUUCCUCCCAUUGGCCCAUCUCAUAGAGACAAUGUAAACCGGAGUGGAAUGAUGAUUAGGAACCCACGACCAGACUUUAGGCCUAGGGAAUCUUUCAUAAACAGAGAUCCAUUUCACAGCUUAAAAAGGCCUCGGCCACCUUUUGGAAGGGGCCCUCCAUUCUUUGCACCAAAACGCCCAUUCUUUCCUCCCAGGUACUGAAACAGACGUGCGUCUCUGUAAGUGAAGGUAUUUUGAAUAUUCUAGAGAGCAGUGGAAGUAGCGCUUUCACUUUUGUUUUUCCUUAAAGAGCCCCAUAACAUUUUUCUAAAUUAAAUAUGUUCUGGUACUUUUUUUGGUGGUUUAUUUUUUUAAGCCAACCAGUUGGCGUAAAUCUAGCAAAAUGUUUUAACAAAAAAUAAGAAUUUUCCGAAGAAUAUUGCCGUUGAAAUAAAACUUCUAGUCGUAAAAAAUGAUUGAAUGUGCGAUGUUGGGAUGUUAUUUUUAGCUGAUUACCAAAUUGUUUUGCUUCAUGAGUCCUCCGAACCCAUGUCAAAAAAUAGAGGUGGGGGAAGGAACUCUGUUGCUACUAUUGAUUAAGGAAGAUAAAGGGUCCAAGCUUUCAGAUCCUUCCCUGUGGCAAUAGAAAUAGUAACCCUUCCUUGUGCCUUUUUUCUUUAGGUUAAUCAGUCACUUUUUUCACUGGUGUCUGCUUAGUUGGUCCCUUGCUAUGAAGCCUUGGAACGUCUUGCUGCUUGCUGUUUUCCAUCUUGCUGAUAGGAAAAGGGAGAGGGUAGGCAAUUAACAUGGUCAGUUUUUCACCCCUUCUGUUUGCUUUUUCUGCCUUUUUCAAAAUGCAGAGGGAACUCAAACACCUCCCCCUCCCCCCGCUUUUCACAGUUGACCGCUUUGCCGCUGAGGGUCUUGAACUUUUCUCCUAAGUUGGGUUUCAGAAAACAGCCCAUUAAGUAUGUGCACUUCCUAUCUCCUACUCAGCUUCCUUCCUCAACAUGCUAAGAGGUUAUAUUUUGCUGAAUAUAAAUCAAGUAAUGCAUUUAAAAUAAGUGAAUGCAGGGAGGUAGCUAGUGGUAAAACUCAAAUCUGUGCUUACACACACAUUUAAUGUACACAGUGUAUAUCUGAAACAUGUGCCUGCAUACACAUGUACAAGCUGCAUCAUUUCAUUUUUUUUUUUUUCUUUCUUGUCUUGUAUCACAGAACUAGGCCAGAUCUAGUAAACUGUCUUUACUUUUUUCCUGGGAGCAUUGUUGACAUACAUGUAUUCUUCACUUUUUGUAAUCACACCUUUCCGUGUGCUUUGUUUAAAGUACAUAGUCCCAUGUAAGAUGAGAGAGAAACUGCAUCAGCAAUGUGAAAACAAUACCUAAACACUCUUCCCACAUGUUUUCAUAAACUCAUUUCUGCUGCCAUGUGCAUAGAGGACUUUGUGUGGAGUUGGAAUUACUUUAUUUGAUUUUUUUUUUAAAGUGAGUAGAAUACAACAUACUAGUGUUUGAUAAAGGUAUGGGAAAAUAUCUAUAAAAAUAACUACAAAAUGAGAAAAUGGCAGAGCAUUUGUGCUUGGGCUGUGUGUUUUAUUUAAUAUAUAUAAUAUGUAUAAUUAUAUUUGCAUACAGAAGUAAGUGAUCAGAAGGUUGUAUGGGUGUAUUUUAUUGAACUGCCCUGGGUUUACAGAAAGACUGAUGUUAUAGUGCCAGUGCAUAAAAACCUUCUCUGUUUUCUAAUCGUAGGAUAAAAAUGUUUGUUCCACUUCAUUUUGCAGUCAGCAGCAGAUGUCGCUGGUCUAUAGGGGGGCUGUAUUUAGGCAGCAUCAUGGAAUGGUGCACCUUGUUGUGUGGACUGUUUCAGUUAAACAGAAUUCCUGAAAAAGUAACUGCAUGUGUAAUUCAUGCAAACAUUGAGUGUUUAAACUUUUGGGUUAAAUUUAAACAGUAUUUAUUCCUUUUCUGUUUCUUCCGAGUUCUGUUCUCUUUGGACACCGCAGCUCCUUUCAGUGAACCUCCAAUAUGAUUAUUGAAUGGGUAACACACCAAAGUACUACUGUGAGGGUAGCUCAUGUAAGUUAAGCAAAAUGUUCAGAAGGUGAAAACAAAGCAGUAUAGAUAUAAAGCAAGAAAAUUACGUAAGAAGAUGUGAGAAUUCACUUAUCCUAUUAUAUGAAGUAAUAUGAUAUAACUCAGUUCCCUGUACACCAGCACUCAGAAUGUCUGAUCAUAUUUCUUUAGUCUAGCCAUACAGCUCUUAAAGUUUAGGACUUGUAGGACAUGGUUACAUCUUAAUAUCUAAUGUUAAUGUCCAGCACGAAAACUGAAAACAUUUCACAGCUUUUGAUAUAUAUUGGAAAUGAUGCAUACCUUAACCCAACUUCUUUGCUCUACUGGAACAUUUGAAAUGAAGCUUUCAGUAACAGCGUGGCAUUCCAUUUACCUCAAACCUAAACUACACAAUCCCAUUGCUUUAAUAUCUAUCCUGGCUUGAAGGGACAGUUUCAGAGAAGUCAUAGCUUAAAGAUACUUUGUUGGAGGAAACCAAGGGGGUGAAAAAAUGCAGGAGGUUCUGAUGUCAGAAUGGAACCAAUAUUGACUAGAAAAAAAUUUCCCUCUAGACUAAAAGAAUGUGAAUUAUUUCUGCUGCUCUUUCUUAGUUAUUUUGAGGUAAAGAAUUAUUAAAAUCAGAUGGUGACCAUCUAAGAACUGCUCUCCAUGCCAUCUGACAUGCCUGGCGAGUGGCUUCAUUGCUCUUGGAGGUGUUUUUUGGGGUAACUUGAAAAGUAAAAUGACUGAUUAAAAAAAAAACACACACACAAAAACUUAUUGUAAAAAAAAAAAAAGACUUUUAAUGAUGAAAGCUCCAUGUUUUUUGUUUGAGGUUUUUCAUUUUAUUCUGUGCUUGUUACUUUAAACAAAAUGUCUACAGUAACUGAAGACACGUGUACAUAUGUAGAAACCACACAACUUAUUUCUGGACAUGAAGGCGUUUUUUUCCUGUGUCUGUGAUUUAAACUCCCUAACCGUUCUUGAACUUUUGUAUUUCACCUUAUAAGAGAAAGAAAUAAACAUGUAUUUUUUAAAUAAAGCAUGUAACAGUGUGUCUCAUGAAGGACAUAACUUCAUAAAGAAGAAAAUCAAAUUGCAGACAGCCACCAGUGUUCACUCCAGCUGUUCUAGAAACAGAGAGGACAAACCAAACAUUAACACUGGUGCAGCUUAACGACUGUCAAUAGAAUUAACAUUUACUAGAGGUUAUAAACACUUAAAAUGUAUUCCUGUUCUAGACCUAUGCUAGUAUAGUACGGCUAUUCUUGUCACCAGACUUAGGAGUAUGCACCAUUUCCAUUUCUACUGUCCCCUCAGAUACACAGUACGCAUACCUGCCUCUUUGGAAGAAUUCAACAUAUGCUAUGGUGUGCGCUGUAUAUCAGAGGAGGAGGGUCUACAGCUGUGGCUGACUUUGUGAUCUAAAUACAUUUUAGAGACUCUUUACCUGUAAAACAUUUGUUCAGGUUUGAGAAAUCUGUUCAGAUAAUGUGAAUAAUGGUAAUUUUUAAAAAAACCGUGCAGAAUAAAUGAUCAUAUCCUGGAAUUAAUUAUUCAAAAAUAAGCUGCAGUGCUGUUAUUUCAAAACUGCUGUAAAUAUUGGCUGCUUUUUUUGUGUGCCUGUUAAGAUUAAUUGGAUAUGUUGAAUUUAUAUUCUCGAGUGUUCCGUGUGGAGAAAGCAACAUGCAUUAGAGGAAGCGACAAUAAAACUGCAGAUCAUUUUGAAAUGUGUAUUAAUACAUUUAAUAAAAUAACUAGUUCUAA